ACAACAUUCGAAAAACAACCAGCAGCCAAGCAUCAAAUCAAGAACCAGCAUCAAACAUUAGCAUCCAACUUCAUCGACAUGAUGGUUAUCGAUAGUUAUCAAACGUUAGCUCGAUAUUUUUGAAAAAACAUAUUAAAUAAUUUAAACAAUAUUCAAAACAUACAGCCUAAUUUCAAUAAAAAGCGUAUUUCCUUAAUACGUUUUAGGCAGUCUUGUUAAUAAAUUAGAACAAUAAACAUUUCAAAACAGAUAAAACGAAUUAAUAAUAAAAAGUCAAAUAAAGAUGAUGUUCACAUAUGUGUUUUACAAAGUGUGGAUUAUUUCCUUAAUCGUCUUAUUUGCUGUAAAGUGUAAAGCAGUUUCCGAAAUGGAGGCUGAAAUAACAAAAUAUCGUGUGGCUCCUACCGAUGAGAAUGGUGUCUUUAAAUACGCCUACGCUACCAGUAAUGGAAUUGAUGUACAAGCGGCCGGCAGUCCCAUUGAAUCUAUUGGUAUUUAUAGUUACAUCUCACCCGAAGGUGUGCCCAUAGAGGUGCGUUAUAUUGCCGAUGAAUUAGGUUUUCAUGCCGUCGGUCGUCAUUUACCUCGUCCACCACCCAUACCUGAUUAUAUUUUACGUUCUUUGGAAUACAUAAAGAAACAUGCGCCGCCACAGAAAUUUUAAAUCAAUAAUCUUCAAGAAGUGAUUUGAGUUGAGUGUUUCACUGAUAGUACAGUGAGUGUUAAAGUACAAUUAACAAAGUAUAUGUGUGUAUGUUUAGUUUUAAGUAGUUUUAGUUUUUUUAAUUGUUUAAAAAUAUUGAUUAAGUGUUCAGUAUUUGUUUUGAAGAAUAAAAAACAGUUUGCGAAUUAUUUAUAAAUUAUGAAAAAAA